AUAUUUCAUAACUUUUCUAACAAUCCAGAUGUGAUCUCACUAUUUGUAAAGCCCAGCCCUUCCCAAUCUGCAAGCUCACCUUCCAGGACUGGGCCCAGCCCAUUUUCACUAUAUAUAAACUGCUACGGGAAGCUCAUCUCACACAUCUGCUCCUCUCAGCUCUGCCCUCCAGCCUCUCACGCCUUCUCCAGCCUUCGCAUCUUCAGGAACCAUGUCUAGCACAACUAUGAGGAGCCAAAGCAGCAGCCGCCGUGGCUUCAGUGCCAGCUCAGCCAGAGUCCCUGGGGUCUGCCGCUCUGGCUUCAGCAGUGUCUCCGUGUCCCGCUCUAGGGGCAGUGGUGGCCUUGGUGGAGUGUGUGGAGGAGCUGGCUUUGGCAGCCGGAGCCUCUAUGGCCUGGGGGGCUCUAAGAGGAUCUCCAUCGGAGGGGGCAGCUGUGCCAUCGGUGGAGGAUACGGCGGCAGAGUUGGAGGGGGCUUUGGUUUCGGAGCUGGAGCCGGGAGUGGAUUUGGAUUCGGCGGUGCAGCUGGUAGUGGCUUUGGGCUCGGUGGUGGAGCUGGCUUUGCUGGUGGCUAUGGGGGCUCUGGCUUCCCCGUGUGCCCCCCUGGAGGCAUCCAAGAGGUCACCAUCAACCAGAAUCUCCUCACUCCUCUGAACCUGCAAAUCGACCCCACCAUCCAGCGGGUGCGGACUGAGGAGCGGGAGCAGAUCAAGACCCUCAACAACAAGUUCGCCUCCUUCAUCGACAAGGUGCGGUUCCUGGAGCAGCAGAACAAGGUCCUGGACACCAAGUGGACCCUGCUGCAGGAGCAGGGCACCAAGACCGUGAGGCAGAACCUGGAGCCUUUGUUCGAGCAGUACAUCAGCAACCUCAGGAGACAGCUGGACAGUAUCCUCGGGGAGAGAGGACGCCUGGACUCGGAGCUCAGGGGCAUGCAGGACAUGGUGGAGGACUUCAAGAACAAAUAUGAAGAUGAAAUCAACAAGCGCACCAAAGCAGAAAAUGAAUUUGUGACUCUGAAGAAGGAUGUGGAUGCUGCCUACAUGAAUAAGGUUGAACUACAAGCCAAGGUCGAUGCUCUCAUGGAUGAGAUCAACUUCACGAGAGCCUUCUAUGAGGCAGAGCUGGCUCAGAUGCAAACCCACAUCUCAGACACUUCCGUGGUCCUCUCCAUGGACAACAACCGUAACCUGGACCUGGACAGCAUCAUCGCCGAGGUCAAAGCUCAAUAUGAAGAGAUCGCUCAGAGGAGCCGGGCUGAGGCCGAGUCCUGGUACCAGACCAAGUAUGAGGAGCUGCAGCUCACAGCUGGAAGACAUGGGGACGACCUGCGCAACACCAAGCAGGAGAUUGCUGAGAUCAACCGCAUGAUCCAGAGGCUGAGAUCUGAGAUCGACCAUGUCAAGAAACAGUGCGCCAGCCUGCAGGCCGCCAUUGCUGACGCUGAGCAACGUGGGGAGCUGGCCCUCAAGGACGCCAAGAACAAGCUGGCCGGCCUGGAGGACGCCCUGCAGAAGGCCAAGCAGGACAUGGCUAGGCUGCUGAAGGAGUACCAGGAGCUCAUGAAUGUCAAGCUGGCCCUGGACGUGGAGAUCGCCACCUACAGGAAGCUGCUGGAGGGCGAGGAGUGCCGGCUGAGUGGGGAAGGCGUUGGACAAGUCAACAUCUCCGUGGUGCAGUCCACCAUCUCUGGUGGUUAUGGCAGUGCCAGUGGUGUCGGCAGCGGCUUAGCUUUGGGCGGAGGCAGCAGCUUAGGCCUGGGCGGAGGCAGCGGCUAUGCCUAUGGCAGCAGUCACAGCCUUGGAGGUGGCUUCAGUUCUGGCAGUGGCAGAGGCGUGGGAAGUGGCCUCAGCUCUGCUGGGGGCAGCAGCUCCACCAUCAAAUACACCACCACCUCAUCCUCCAGCAGGAAGAGCUACAAGCACUGAAGUCAUCCUACUGGCACUCGGUUCCACAUUGUCUCAGGCCCCCUGUCCAACUGCAUGGCCUUCUCUUCAGGUUGCUUCUUUUUUCCUGCUUCCUACUUCUCUUAGUCCUUGAGGUAGAACUGAAGUUGCUGAAUGCCCUCAUUUCUCCUCUCUGCCCUUACCUGCUCCACCUGAGCUUCCAUUGCUCACCAUCAGAAGGUCACUGCAUGUGUCCUACUCCAGAACAGGGCAACUUCCCCUUGCUGUCCGCUGGCCCAGGAAUAUCCCACCUUCCAAGUGUGGGUUCCUCCUUGCAGUGGUCAUGAAAACACAAGUGACUAGUUCUAUAAUGUACAGAGUCUGUA